AUGGCUUCCGCACAUAUAGCAACGGACCUACGCUAUCUCACCGAUGCGGCCCAUCUACUGCGAAACUCGGCGCCAGACACGGCCGCCCACCUCAUGAGGCAUCGCGCGGGCCUCAUGUCCCACAACAACCUCUGCCAGCAUGAGCUGCAGCGCCAGCACGUUUGCUCGGCCUGCGGAAACAUCAUGGUUCCGGGGCAAGAUACGGGGGUGAGGCUCGAGUCGUCCUGCACUAGGACGAGGAGGCCAUCUGGGAAGAAGACGGACUUGCGCUCGGCUUCCAAGUCGAAGGGAGUCGCACCACACUCUUCCGACGAGGGACCAACCAAGGUAUUGACAUGCGGCCGCUGUCAUCGAGUCACCCGAGUCAACCUUCCCGCUCCACCUUCCGCUGUUCGUCCGCAGGCGACGAAGAAGAAGGUGAAGAUGGCUACCGAGUCAUCGGCUGCAUCAUCGAGCAAGUUGUCGACGAAUGCCAGCAGCAAGAAGCGUGCAAAGAAUCGCAAAGCCGGCCUUCAAGCUCUGCUCUCUGGCCAGCAACAACAGUCGGCGUCGCUGAGCCUGGCCGAUUUUAUGAGGAAAUGA